AUGAGUUUAAGGUCACGCAUAAAUGAGCUUCUUGACUCAAAACAAACUGAAGAAGCUGUCCGAACAAUCCAAAGACGGUCACAAGAAAUAACAAGCUCCGAUCUCCAGUCUAUUUAUUAUUUAAUCCAGCAAGCACUCGAUUACAAGCAAGCUGACCUAGCCGUUGCCGCUCUCAAAGCAUUUGAAAAAUCUCCAGUGCAGCUUGAUCCCUACGAUUUUAAAUCCUGCAUCAAAAACCUCUUAAGAGUGGGCACACUUGACCAAGGUCUUGACAUUAUGAUUACCUAUAUCGAAGCAAAAAUAAUAAAAGAUGCUAAAGCUGCCUUGGUCUACAUUGAAUCAGCAUUGGAAGUCCAAGGAUUUGAACAAAGCUUUGCCUUGAUAAUGAAACUGAUUGAAAAAAAAAUUCCAUUGAUCGAGCAGUUCUGGGAAGCGACUAUUAAAGGAUAUUUACGGAAAGAUGGGAUUCAGCACGCAGGACAAUGUUUGAGGCUCUUAGAACCUCCCGUUUUAGAUUGCUUAAGGUUGUGGGAAGAAUAUUUUGACAGAUGCAUUGCUGGGAAUCUUUUUGAAGCAGCAUAUGAAACUGUCAUAGAAGUUUCUUUAAAAUCGAACCGGAGGACGUCAGAAAAAUGGUGGAAUAGCCUUCUGAAAAAAGCGUCUUUAAGUUCAAGCACUUCAGGAUACGAUGUAAGUAGAAUCCUAAAUCAGAUCAAUGAAGUCCAGCUUCAAAUUGAAGAUUGGAUUAAGAUUAAUUCUAGCUAGCAAUUAGGGCUUAUUUCAGUCCCUACACUCUACGAAUUAGCUUUAGGCUCAAUAGGCGCUAGACACUAACCCCAAUUAACGCCCUAUGUCACGUCCAGGGCUUGAUUCUUGAUAAACUAUUUAUGACUGCCUACCGUCAAGGCUUGAUACUGCUGAAUAGCCCAAAAUCUCCUUCUUGGUCUGCCUUAGCCCUAUUACAGACUAAAGAGAAGUGCGGAAGGAUGCUUGCGCCUAAGUCUGUCAUCUGUGGGUAGAGUAAUAAAGGUCUAACACAAGAAACCCAUACAGGAGAACUAUCGCCACUAGGACUCACCUUCUUUGGGUCUAUACAACUCGCAGGAGGAAGGCCUAACAGCAUUCACCAUUUUAUUAAUUUUUCAAAUUGAAGAUGAUUCUUUGCUUUGCGCAUUUUCAAAGUUUGUAAAAUCAAGUGAAAGUGAUAAAAUUGUACCCUAUAUUCGGUUAUUCAAAAAAGAUAUCACUAGAAAUUUAUUAUCGAAUUUAAUAUCGUCGUUAAUCGAAAAACAUUUAGCCAAAGAAGCAGUAGCAUAUCUUUAGUCGUGAUUUUUUUCCCCGAAGAUAUUCCCCGAUUUAGCUGAUCGAAGCAUUUUUCUCACCAGAUAUUCCUGGCAAAACCUUUAUUUAUGGUUAAAUGUUUAUCGAGGAAAAGUUUUGACCAAAGUACUGGAAAAUAUUGCCAUUGGAUAUGCCUUAAGGAAAAAACAUGCAGCCAAAAGAAGCACUUGAAAUAGCAAAUUUGGUCGUACUGGAAUUUUUUGGUCAGCAAAUAAGUAUUGAAUCAUUGAACUUGAACAACGACAAACUUAAAUGGAUUGUAAAACAGCAGCAGCUUCAGAUGAUAAAACUUAUGAGAGCAGUCAGACAGCCAGAAGAAGAAAAAGAAAAAGUUAAAGCUGCUCCAUUAUGUGAGGAAGAUAAAAGCAAAAUGAGUACAGACCCUCUGGAAGAGGAUGAAUUUAUGUUCUUAUAA